UCCACUGCAUAGAAACCAAUAACAACAAACCUGAAUGUUUUAGCGGCAAAAACAAAAGGAAGGCAUUAGCAAUAACUCCGUUCAUAACAUUCAGCCUUCGAGAUGGCCACUGGUGACCUGAAGGGAUGUCUCAGAAAACUGGAAGCGUCUCUUCGGUCUCUGAAGUAUCCCAGAGAUGUGGACUAUCAAAGAUUAGCUGUUGGAGAUCCUUCAGCAUGUCUUCCUAUUGUAAGCUUUGCCUUCACAUCCUUUUCCCCCUCACUCGCAGAGCACCUGGUCGAUUUUGGCGUGGAACUAACCGGAAUGAAUGAUUUGCGAUUUAUUGAGAAUGUGUACAAGGUUUUACGGGAUGUUUUCAGCUAUAAACCACUGUUGACCAAACAGCAGUUCCUUCAGUUUGGGUUUGCGGAGAGGAAAGUGAGCAUUCUCUGUGAUGUCAUUGGCCUUGCUCUCAGCAAACACAAAGAACUCACUAAAGAUAGCAAGCAUCUUAGUAAGCCAAAGAGAAGGCCUGUGUUGAAGAGCUGUGUUAAAAAUGAAAUUCCCUCUGAUGAGAGUAACUCACUGGAAUUAACAGCUCUGAUGGUGCCUCAGAAGCAGCCACUGGUAGAAAGGCAUCUUGGCAGCAGCUCUGCAGCAGCUCAGAUCAGAUGCUUCUCAGAUGAACAUCCACUGCAGGAAGAGGAAUCAGACAAGGAGUUAGAGAGUGAACAUUUAGAGGACUUGUCACAACCUGCUGAAUCCACUGAGUGUGUGUUGGAAAGCCGACUGAGAGUUCUGGAGGAAGGUCUUCUCGAGACCGUUGGCAGACUUGAGCAGCGAUUGGCCCUGAUGGAGCAUAGGAUACAUGCUCUGGAAAAAAGCUUGGCUGGCAAGAUCAUCAUCGAGAGCAACCAGUGGGAGAACUUGGAAAGUCGCGUGCUGCUGCUGGAAACCAGGCUGGCACUGACCUCAGCACAGGGUCUAACAUCAGGAAAUGGAGUCUUCAACACAGAAAACGGUGAAUUCAAAGAGGACACAAUAUCUGCAAAUGGCUCUUCUGCUGGGAUUGAAACACCAGUUGACAAUGACAAUGGAAACAUUAUUACCAGUCCUUCGCCAACAGCUUCACAGAAUUUUAAAGAAAGGCUGGACAGAAUAGUUUACAUGAUGAAGGAUACAUCUGACAUUCUGAAAAAUAUAGAGCCAACAAUGUGAAUCUGAUCAGAGUUUUAAAUCAAUGGAUAUUGUGUCAAUAUGUACUCACAUUCACUUUAUUCCAGACCUGUGUGCUGUUAGUUCUUUAGUGAAACGAGAAAAUAAAAUAAAAUAAAAUAAAAGUUUGUUCAGCUCUAUACAAAACCAUGUAGUCACUAUAUGUAUAAUAUGCUGCAUAUAUUACAGGUUUACUCCCGUAUUUCUCACAAAAAAAAUGUGGUAAAGCACUACACAAAAUUGUAACUCGCUAAAGAUCAAAUUUGCCAAUUUUUGCCAAUUUAGUCAAUUAUUUUUGACAAUUUUAUCAAAUAUGGCAAAUUUGAUAUCACUUUUUCGUCGGACGUCAGUGACAUCAGUCAUUACUGUUCCUCCUAUGUCACAUGACGAAAUGUAAUUAGUUGCACGUGUGGUAGUUUGUUUGCAAAGUGGGAGAUUUUCGCUGAAAAAAAAGAGCUACAUUUCCGUUUGUUUGGCAAAUGUAUGUAUUCUUUUUAAAAACUGUUUAUAUAAAAGUAUCAUGUUUGCCCGUUUUGGAGCUUGACGCGGUCAUUAUUAACAAAGGAAAAGGCCUGAAUGAAGUGUUUCACUGAAAGAUACAACAACAUACAUUACUGGAAUGUCACUGGGGUAAGUAAAUGUGUGGUGAACUGUAUUUUGCUUUAAAAUACCUUUAAACCGAUCCUAGCUUUGCAUUGACCAAGUAUAUCGUGUAUUGACAUUCAGAAAUGAAUUGACAUGCAUGCAUUCUAGUCACCUAGUUGACCUCUAGAUGUCACUGCUUCCCAAGUAAAACUCUAAAACCUGAUGUUAAAUUAGUUUACGGCGCCCUCUGAGGUCAGCUUUCUGUAUUACGUCCUGUCCUUAAAUCAGAGUCAGCCUAUUGUCAUGCAACAGUUGUGCAUUUAUCAUUUAUUUGGAUAUGAAGUAGUAGUAGAUGACGAUGUGCUUUAAUUUUGUGACUUUUUUUAACAUGCUGUGAAAAAGAGGAAUAAAGU